AUGGAAAUUGAAGAAGAUUUGAAUUUAAAAAUACUUGAAGAUGUCAAAAAAUUAUAUUUAUAGUCUUUUGACUAUAUAAAAAAUGGAAUAAGUAGCAGUUUACCUAGCGAUAAAAAAUUUUUGGCAGAUGAUGAUAUUGAUCUUAGCAGAAUUACUUUUUUGUACAAGUUUAUAUCAGUGAAUCCUACCCUGCUAUUAAUAAAUGAAAAAACUUAAGCAAAAAGGCGCAUAUUUUAAGGCGAGUAUUUAUAUGGUAAAAAGAAAAUCUAAUUUAAUAUUAUUGCUAAGAACUUGGAAAUAGAAAGAGAAUUAAUAUAAUUUUUCAAAAAACCAUAUUAGUGCUACAUAAUGCAUAAUGUAUAAGUUUUUUAGAUGCUCAAUAAAAAUAAAAAUAAUAAUGUUGUUGAAUUUAUGGAUUCUGAAGAUCUUUAAAGCUCUGUAGAUUGCUAAUUAUAUUAUCUUAUUGAUGAGUCUUCGCAUGUAUUAGAAGAUGAUUCUAUGGAUUUUAUUUCUACUCUCACCAGGUUAUCUGAUAGCUUUAAUUCUAAUGAAUUCGUAUUUGAAACAAACUACUCUAUCUAAAUUUCAUAGAUGCCGAAGCCACUAAAUACAACCCACUUUAAAUUACUUUAACCAAAAGUUGUGAAUUCUUUUGAGGGAGUUAUUUUGCAAGUUUAAGAAGGUAAAAACAUUUUAUAAAUAGAAGAACUUAUUGACUAAGUUUAUUUGAAUUCCCGUAGAGAUAGAUUUUAUAUUCUUAAAGUAGCUAAUGGAAAAAACUAUAUGGAUUUUAUAGAAGUUUAUCUUGUAUACGAUAAUGAAGACCAAGAAGCUAAAUAAUAAUUAUAAUUUUAUUUAAAACCAUUUUAACGUAUACUUAUAUUUUAAUCUUUAAAACACUUCACUAAAAAUUUGAAAUUGUUUAUGAUUUCAUUUUUUUAUUCUUCUGGAGUUUAACCUAACAACUCAAAUGUGAAAAACUUUUUGGUUUCACAUAAAGGAGUUGAAUUUUUUAGUAGAUUUGACAUAUAAAAGAACGAAUUGCUCUGUAAAGAUUUGAUAAAAAGUUAUAACAAAUUACCACUUAGUAAUAUUUCUAAACUUUUAGAGGACGAAGGAGUAAUGAUUCGUUCUAAUAUGAAAUUUUAAGUAAGAGUAAAAAAAGUAAAAUAUUUUAAAAUACGUUUAAAUUGUCUAAAUUGUAAAUAAGAAUGGACUGUGGGAUUGAAAAAUUGUAUAAAUUGUAAAGGGUAACAAAGUUAUAUUAGCUACAACAUAUAAGUUCUUGUUUAAGACUAACAUUUUUUAGAAUAGCAAGCAUACAUUUAUCUCUACGAUGAUUUAGCAGCACAGUUCUUUAACAUAACUGAAAGCGAAAAGAAAGAACUGCACCUACACCUUACUAAAAAUGAAACUUUUAUAUAGCUUUAUUACAGCUUUAAUAAAGAUUACCCACUAUCUAUUAUUAAAUUUAAAGAUAAAAUAUUUAACAAAGAUAUUACUAAUUGUAUUGUUGCAUAUCCAUUUGCAGAUAUAGAUAACAAAAUUUUCAAUUCCUAGUAAUAAAUCAUUUAAGAUGAAAAUCUUAGGAUAGAAAGUGAAAAAUUUAUUUAAAACUUUACAGAAGAUAAUAAUUUGUAGGAAUCUAAAUUGUAUUACGAAAAAUUUAAAAGCAAAAAUAAGCAACAAAUUUUUGUAAAUGGAACCUAUAUUUCUACAAAUUACUCAUAAGGAUAAAAAAUAUGUUUAAAGCCUAUUCCUUGUUUAAAAGUAAUGUAUGUGUUUCCACAAGAAGAUAUAAAACUAUCAGCCCUUAAAAUUAUAGAAGAAAUAAACUAAUUAAAAAUACAAAUAGAUUAGUUAAAUUGA